GUUAAUAGAAGAGGUAACAGCUUGAACCACCAGCUGUAUCGAUCUCGAAGGUUCAAUAACCAAUCACCAGCCACUUCGAUAACAGCUGAAAAAUUGUCGCUUGGAGGGGGAGGAGAAUUGACAAUUUGAUGGAGCAUUCCAUCAUGAGCUCGUCAAUAAAUAAUGCGGUAAAGAGCACGUGGCAUUGUUUUGAAAAAGAAGCGCAUGCGUGGAGUAAUUGUAGUACUCUACCCCCUCAAUAGAAGAUGUAUCUUACCUGGUAUCCGGAGAAUAGUGAGUGGAGCCUGUCAGCCUGUCAGUCUUUGAGGGAAGAGAUUGGUGUGACAACUACAAGAGACAGAACUAACUGUCGUCUUCCAGUAACCGCUUGCACGAAAAUCCUUGGAGCUCGAGUAACAAAUUAAAUAAAUGUAAUUGAUAAAAGUUUUAAAUAAAAGAUGUCAAGGUACGAAAUGAAGGACGAGAAUAAAUCUGUGGUACGAGAGGUACGACUGACCGGAUUCGCGAGUUCACCAGAAGGUACAACCACGAUUAUCAAUAAUUUUUCCAAUGAUAUUAUAAGGGGUGAAAAAUCAUCGACAGACAACAUUGUCUGGAAUGGGGAUGAAAAUAGAAAAGAGAGAUUUUCCAGUAAAUCAUGGCUGUGCCACAGAAUGAGAAGAUGCUUCAAAAAAAAAUUACUUUAUAGACGAAUACCAAUUAUCGAUUGGCUGCCAAAAUACAGGAGUGAUUAUAUCGUGAGUGAUCUUGUUGCGGGAAUUACUGUUGGAUUAACUGUCAUUCCACAAGCUAUUGCUUACGCGAAUGUAGCUGGCAUUCCACCCCAGUAUGGCCUAUACUCAUCGUUCAUGGCAUGCUUUGUUUACACUAUCUUCGGAUCAAGCAAGGAUGUGCCUGUGGGACCAACAGCUAUUGCUGCUAUUUUAACACGUGAAACACUUUCUCGGUCCCAUUUAGGCCCCGAUUUUGCUGUUCUACUGGCAUUUAUGUCCGGGCUUGUGUCCCUGUUCAUGGGAAUCCUUCAAUUGGGAUUUCUCAUCGAUUUUAUCUCCGGACCGGUCUCUGUUGGCUUCACAUCCGCCGCGGCAAUAAUCAUUGCAACGAGUCAAGUUAAAGAUAUUCUAGGGAUUCGAAUAUCUGGGGGCAAUUUCCUGGAUACAUGGCACAAUGUCUUCGAGCACGUCUGCGAUACUCGACUUUGGGACGCAGUCUGGGGACUCACAGCUAUUAUAAUUUUAUUAAUUCUCAGAAAAGUCAAGGACAUUCCUGUUGUUUCGGAGGAUAGGAAAGCUGCGGGGAUUUCGGCGAAAAUAGUCGGCGCUUUUUUGUGGUUUUUGAGUACAUCACGGAAUAUAUUAGUUGUUGUUGUAUCAGCUGUACUUUGUUGGUACCUGGAGAACCGUUUGGGAUCGUCACCGGUUAUUUUAACUGGUCACGUCAGAGAAGGCUUACCAAGAUUACAAUUACCCUCAUUCACAACAACUGAGGGGAACGUAACCUACACUUUCAUUGAUAUGGUCUCCGCACUUGGAUCUGGAUGUAUCGUUGUACCUCUCUUAAGUCUUUUGGAAACAAUUGCACUUGCCAAAGUUUUUUCUGAUGGCAAACCUAUUGAUGCAACUCAGGAGAUGUUGGCCAUGGGUCUUUGCAAUUUAAUAUCCUCUUUAGUCUCGUCGAUGCCUGUUAGUGGUGGAUUAAGUCGAGGGGCAGUUAAUCACUCAUCGGGAGUUAAAACUACUCUGGGCGGUGUUUAUACUGGUAUCCUCGUUCUCGUAUCUCUUCAAUUUCUCACUCCCUAUCUUUAUUUCAUCCCAAAGUCUGCACUAGCUGCAGUUAUUAUCGCAGCGGUUGUCUUUAUGGUUGAGUUUCACGUGGUUAAACCAAUGUGGAGAACAAAAAAGAUUGAUUUAAUACCGGCAGUGAUCACUUUUAUCUGUUGUCUUUUUGUCAAUUUGGAGUUGGGAAUAGUCAUCGGAAUAGGAGUGAAUUUAUUGUUCCUCUUGUAUGCAUCGGCCCGACCGAGUCUCAAAGUUAUUAAAAAAAUGACUCCCAGCGGCUGUGAAUACUUGUUAAUCACUCCAGAUAGAAGUCUGGCAUUUCCCAGUGUCGAAUAUGUCAGAGCGAUUAUCAGUAAACAUGGUACACGAUCGGGAAAUAAUGUUCCCGUUGUCAUCGAUUCAACCCACAUUCAGGCGGCUGAUUUUACCGCUGCCAAAGGAAUAAAGAACCUGAUUCAAGAUUUCGUUAUAAGAGGUCAACCACUCAUAUUUUUCAAUUUAAAACCGAGUGUUAUUAAUAUUUUCCGGGGAGUUGAGCCUUCAGAGAUGAGGAUAUGCUCCAGUGAAAAUGAACUUGAUGAGACGCUCAGAGAGUCCUCAAUGAUAUCUUCGAUAACAGUAACUCGGCACUAAUUACUGACGUCCAUAAAUCUAGGAUGCAUCCCCAAAUGCCAAAAUUCAAAA